GAGUCUACUAUUUUCAAAAACCGCAAUGUCCAUAAAAAAGGUAAAAUGAGUUGUCGAUGGUGUCAAAAACUUUAAAAUAAAAUCAACGGUUUUUUAUCAUUCAUAUGUACUAAAAAUCACAAAGUCCAAUAGAAAACGGGAGUUAAAAUCACUUCUAUGCAGCAAAAUCAGCAUUGUCCGUCGCUGUUUGUUUCAAGUUGCGCAAAGUCCACCACAGCCAAUCACGUCGCGACAUGCAUUAUGGCGGAUUGUACGUUGUUGUGAUAAUAUCGCUCGUGGUUUUUAUCAAUUUUAUCGUGCUAAGAGUUAUUAAUUGUGCAUAAAGUUACUGAAAUUUUAUUAAUGGAGUGUUACCCCGAAGUUGUGGACAAUAAUCAGACGCGAAAACGAAUUAGAAAUGCUGCAAACUGGGAAAGAAAUCGAGUCAAAGAACAACGUUAUGCGGCUAAACAUUUGCCUUGCAAGCCGACAUGUAAACAUAAGAGCGAAAAACUUAAAUGUUCUACAAUAAUUACAAUGCAGGAUGUACGGAAAUUUCAUGAGUCUUUUUAUCUCCUAACAGAUAAAUUGAGGCAAGACACAUUUAUCCUGAAACAUGUAAAAGGUACGAAAACACAACGUCGCCGUCCAAGAUCCGAGACUCAUAACUACAAACCCAGAGACUUGCAACUGAAAUACAAGAUUUAUUGCAGAUCACAGCUGAAGAUGGUACAAGUUUGCCAAAAAACAUUUCUUCAAAUACUUGGUAUCAAAAGAUACCGAGUGGAAAGCGCAGUAAAGAAUUAUCAUCUACAUGGAAAAUUCCCAGCAGAAAAUCGCGGAGGUGAUCACAAAUCACAUAAAUACUCAGCCAAAAAACAAAGCGUUAUAAAAUUCAUAAAAACGUUUAAGUGCUCUGAAGCACAUUAUUGCAGAGGCAAUACUAAACGCCUGUACUUACCUUCAGAGCUAAGUAUUAAUAAAAUGGCUAAGAUGUACAAUAAACAAGCAACAGAGAAUCUGCAGGUAAAACCGUUGUAUUUUCGAAGCGUUUUCAAUAAAUGCUUUAAUUUGGGUUUUGGCAGUCCACGAGUUGAUGUGUGCUCGACAUGUCUUCAGCUUAGUGAAAAAUUAAAGACUACAAUCACUGACAGUGAAAAAAGUACCCUAAUGGCUGAGAAAACGGUACACAAACGUCGAGCAAAAGAAUUUUUUAAUAUGUUAAAAGAAGACAACCCGAAAAUAAAGAUCUUAAGUUUCGACUGCCAGAAAAAUAUGCCGUUACCGAAAAUCCCAGAUCAGAUUACCUACUACUCCCGUCAACUCUACUUUUACAACUUUACUGUGGUGGAGGGUUGUUCUAAAUCCUCAUUAACUAAAAAAAAUGUGUUCAGUUAUUGUUGGACAGAAGAAGAAUAUGCAAAAGAUUCUAAUCUCAUAGUAUCAGCAGUUUAUCAUCGGCUUUGCAACACGGAUUUCCCAAUGGAAUGUAAUCAAGUUCGACUCAUGGCUGACGGUUGUUCCGGUCAGAACAAAAACUCUAUGAUGAUGGCAAUGCUUUCGAAAUGGCUCACAAAACAUGCACCAGCUCACAUACGUUUGGUUGAAGUGAUCUUUCCAGUAGUGGGUCACUCUUUUCUUCCACCAGAUAGAGUGUUUGCUCGUAUCGAAAAAGAGCUACGGAAAAUCGAAAAUAUAGUCAAGCCGAUAGAAUACUUGAAUGUUGUAGAAGCACAUUGUACUGCCAUAAAUGUUGCCUCAACAGUACAAGUAUGGGACUGGAAAACGGCCGCAAAAGAUGUGUUUUUGCCAACUACAAAAUGGCAUGUGCCGUUUUCCAAAUGCAAACGGUUUUAUUUAAAAAGAGCCAGCAAAUCCAACGAAAUGGUUGGCAUAAGAGGAGAAAUUUACUACAAAAUUAAUUCAGGUCAAUUUAAAAGCAUUUGCAAGAAAAACAAAACCACGGCAAAUAUUUCCCCAACUGCUAUUCCGGUGGGUGCAUCAGUGAAAGCGCUGAAACUAAGAGACGUUGAUAAAUUGUUAUCAACUCAUUUUGGGGACAAAUGGCGCGAUAUAGAGAGUUUGGAAUAUUACAAGCGAGUAGUACCCUCAUCACAAGACUUACUCAAACAAAAUGAUAACGAUGACAUAGAGGCUCCUGAAGAACCAAUGUGUGAAGAGCAAGAAGAAUCGCAACUACUGUUAAUUUGAUAUUAUUAUUUUUUUAUUUUUAAUAAUUAAUAAUUUGUUUAUUUAAAAAAGUUGUUUUAUUUCUCAUCAAAAUGUCUGGGCUUGAUAGGGGUGAAUUUCGAAACAGCAUAUUUGAGUAGGUAGUUUUUUAUUGGUAUGUAAAAGUAUCAAUAUGGGUUUGUCUUACUAUACGUAAUAGCUGGGUUUCAAAACCAACAAAGUCCAUCUUAUUUUUGCACCAAAAAUCGCAAAGUCCAUCAUAGUAUUUCAAAGCCAGCAAUGUCCAUUAUAUUUAUUUGCUUUUAUUAUAUUUUUUGUUCGAAUAUAUCUAUAUUAACUAUGCAUUUAGUUCACCUACACAAAUUUAAAUGAAUUUCGCAUAGAUUCAUGACUAUAAUGGGCGUAUAUUACGCACAAUAAGAUAAUUAAGGAUAUCUUGAAAGUAGUCAACAUGGACAUUGUGGUUUUUGAAAAUAAU